UGUAAAUUUUUAUUAUUACAAAGCACUAAAAAAUAAAUUUUUUCCAUGUAAUACGUUUUACAAACUACCAUUUUUUUCUAAAUGUAGCGGGAAUGUGAUUUGGAGCCCGUGAUAACAGUAGGUUAGAACUAACAUUGUUGCAUAACAGAACGUUUUUAUUUUUAAUUAAAAACAAACUACACGAAAGCAUUACAAGUGUAAAUGUACUAUUUCAUGUUUUCGAUAUCAAUGGCGUUUGUCUGGUUCGCUCACCUCGAGCUACAUACCUAUAUAUACCAGAUGAUGAAUCUACUGACUACACAACUUGCGUUUUGGAUCUAGUUUAAAAAUAGUUCUCAUUGGCGAUAUGAGGAUUUUGACUGUCACGAUUAUAUUCAUUGGCCUAAUUUGGUUUUGCUUGGCUGAACAACCGUAUACGGUACAAAAUGAAGCGCUUGAACCAUUUAAAGGACUGAGGGAAACUUGCGUCGACAUGUCUAAUUUAAAAACUGUGGGGCGCCAACGAUUUUUGAAUGGUUCGGUCGCAAUACUGCAGGACCUGGAUAGUGAUAACUUUAAAUUUCAAGUAGAACUAUUUUCGAGUCCACAGGGUGAUGGUCAAUACAAGCAACUACCAAUGGGUGUGCCAAUGACUAGAGUUUGCGAUGGAUUCAAAGAUUUGUACACAAAAAUCGUACAACCUUCUCUAAAACAGGGAGAAAAUACGAACUUCCCGUUCAUACCGGAUGAGGGGCUAUGUCCUUUACCAGCUGGAGAGUAUUAUAUAAAAACUGUCGAGUUCGAUACGGAUACCUGGCCCAAUCAGAUUCCACGCGGCGUCCUAAAGGCUGUGUUAACAUUUUUCAAGAAUGAAGUUAGUGUUGGCGGAACUGUGAUGAAAAUGAAAAUCGAGGAUCGACAAUAAUGAAAGAAGCAGUGAAAACGAAAAUUAAUAAACGGUUAGCAGCAGAUCAUAUAUAGUUGUACUGAAAACGUGGUGGAGGGAAUUGAAUAUUUUUACAUAUAGCUCUCUUGAAGACAUAAAGAUUUUAUUUGGGUCCAGGGUUUUUCCAUAUAUUUUAAGGCUAUCAACACUGUCACUAAAUGCCACACAUUUUUUUUUUGUGUUUGACAACGUGGAUAACUUAAUAUCAAUGCAUAUUUA